AUGGGGAUGACGAGGUUUGUUUGUUUCCUCGUGUUUGCCAUGCUCAUAAAUUUUACAUAUGCAGCUAUAACGCCAACAAGUCCUUUGUCAAUAGGCCAAACUCUCAGCUCCUCUGAUGGUGUUUAUCAACUGGGAUUCUUCAGUCCUAAUAACACCCAGAACCAGUACGUUGGAAUCUGGUUCAAGGGCAUCACUCCUCGGGUGGUUGUGUGGGUGGCCAACAGAGAAAAGCCUGUUACAGACUCAACCGCAAAUCUAGCUAUCACCAGCAAGGGAAGUCUUCUCUUAUUCAGCGGAAAAGAUGGCACUGUCUGGUCCAGUGGAGAGACUUUAGCAUCUAACGGGUCUCAUGCAGAGCUUUCAAACAGUGGAAAUCUUGUUGUCAUAGACAAAGUUUCCGGAAGAACUCUAUGGCAAAGCUUUGAGCAUCUUGGUGACACUCUUCUACAUUCCUCAUCUCUUAUGUAUAACCUCAUCACCGGUGAGAAGCGGGUUCUGACUUCUUGGAAAAGUUACACUGAUCCAUCACCUGGCGACUUUGUGGGUGAGAUUACACCGCAAGUUCCAUCACAAGGGUUUAUUAUGAGAGGCUCGAGGCCUUAUUGGAGAAGUGGUCCAUGGGCUAAAACAAGGUUCACUGGGGUACCUCUAAUGGAUGAAUCAUACACAAGUACACUAAGUCUUCACCAGGAUGUAAACGGGUCAGGUUACUUGUCUUAUUUUCAAAGAAACUACAAACUUUCACGUAUAGUUUUAACACCAGAGGGAUCAAUGAAGAUUUUUCGUCACAAGGGAACGAACUGGGAACUGUACUAUGAGGCUCCGUUAGUCAAUUCAUGCGAUGUUUACGGUGUUUGUGGACCUUUUGGGUUAUGUGUUAGUUCAGCUCCUCCAAAAUGUAAAUGCUUCAAAGGUUUUUUACCUAAAUCCAUUGAAGAGUGGAAAAGAGGAAACUGGAGUAGUGGUUGUGUGAGGCGGACCAAGCUACCGUGUCAAGGUAACUCUAUGUCUGAAGAUGUAAAUGUCUUCCAUCCUGUUGCCAACAUAAAGCCUCCAGACAGCUACGAAUUUGAAAAUUCUGUGAAUGCUGAAGAAUGCUACCAAAGUUGCUUCCAAAACUGUUCUUGCUUGGCGUUUUCUUAUAUUAGUGGAAUUGGGUGCUUAGUAUGGAACCAAGACUUAGUGGACGCGGUGCAGUUUUCUACAGGAGGAGAGCUUCUUUAUAUUCGUCUUGCACGUUCUGAGCUAGGUAUGGCUUACAAGACAAAAAAUAAAAGAACUUCUUUGUCUUUUGCAAUUCAUCUUUCUGAUAGUUUGUUUGAAUUGUUGCCUUAUAUUUCUCAGAUGGAAAUAAGCGCAAGAAGACCAUUGUUGCUAGUACUGUGA